CGGACCUGACCGGCUCCAGCAUGGCGACCGACUCGCUGUCUCUCUUCACCGGCCUCGGUUUGAGUGAACAUAAGGCGCGCGAGACGCUGAAGAACGAGGCGCUGAGCGCGCAGCUCCAGGCGGCAGCGGCGCAGGCUCAGCAAGUCUUGGGUCCCAGCAUUGACAAGUCUACAGGAACACUUCUGUACAAUGUGGCCUCUCGCCUCAAGGAUCCCCGACGAUUGUCCUUUCUGGUGGGUUAUGUUACCAACAAGAAGAUCCUCACGGACUUGCAGCUCAGUGCUGCCCUGGAGUAUCUGCGGAGCCACCCCUUGGACCCUAUCAACACCGCAGACUUUGAGCAGGAGUGUGGUGUGGGUGUCACAGUGACCCCAGAGCAGAUUGAAGAGGCUGUGGAAGCUGUGAUUGGUCAGCACCGUGAACAGCUGCUGAAAGAACGGUAUCAUUUCAGCAUGGGCAUGCUAAUGGGUGAGGCGAGGACAGCACUGAAGUGGGCAGAUGGCAAGACCAUUAAGAAUGAGGUGGAUAUGCAGGUUCUCCAUCUUCUGGGCCCAAAGACAGAGGCUGAUUUGGAGAAGAAGCCCAAGGCUGCAAAGACCCGACCUGAGGAGAAGGACUUGAAGGCAUCUAGGACUGCAGCGUCGAAUGGUGAGGAACCUGCAACCUCUCUGUCUCUGAUGGAACAGCUCAGGGGAGAAGCACUUAGGUUCCACAAACCAGGUGAAAACUACAAAACCCCUGGCUAUGUGGUCACACCCAAUACCAUGCCUCUGUUGCAGCAGCACAUGGAAAUCACAGGGGGACAGGUACGAACACGAUUCCCACCAGAGCCCAAUGGUAUUUUGCAUAUUGGACAUGCCAAGGCCAUCAACUUCAACUUUGGCUAUGCCAAGGCUAACAAUGGAGUCUGCUUUCUGCGCUAUGAUGACACAAAUCCUGAGAAGGAGGAGGAAAAAUACUUCACUGGAAUCCGGGACAUGGUGGAAUGGCUGGGUUACAAGCCCUACAAGGUGACUCACGCCUCAGACUACUUUGACCAGCUCUAUGCCUGGGCUGUGGAACUCAUCCAAAGGGGUCAUGCCUAUGUCUGCCACCAGCAUGUAGAAGAGAUUAAAGGCCACAAUCCUCCACCCUCUCCAUGGCGAGAUCGGCCAAUUGAAGAGUCUUUAUUGCUUUUUGAAGGAAUGAAGAAGGGGAAGUUUGCUGAAGGAGAGGCCACACUGAGGAUGAAACUGGUUAUGGAAGAUGGAAAGAUGGACCCAGUGGCCUAUCGCAUCAAGUACACGCCUCAUCAUCGAACUGGUGAUAAGUGGUGCAUCUACCCCACAUAUGACUACACACACUGUCUCUGUGACUCCAUUGAGCACAUUACCCACUCUCUUUGCACCAAAGAGUUCCAGGCCCGGCGCUCCUCCUACUUCUGGCUCUGCAAUGCACUCGAUGUAUACUGCCCGGUUCAGUGGGAGUAUGGACGCCUCAAUCUGCACUAUGCAGUUGUGUCCAAGAGGAAGAUCAUUCAGUUGGUGGAGGCUGGUGCGGUCAGGGAUUGGGAUGAUCCUCGGCUCUUCACGCUCACAGCACUCCGUCGUCGAGGCUUCCCUCCUGAGGCGAUCAACAACUUUUGUGCCCGGGUGGGUGUGACUGUUGCUCAGACAACGAUGGAGCCUCAUCUGCUAGAAGCCUGUGUUCGAGAAGUGCUGAAUGAUGGGGCCCCCAGGGCCAUGGCUGUACUUAAGCCACUCCGGGUCACCAUUACCAACUUCCCAUCGAGCAAGGCAAUUGAUGUCAUUGUACCCAACUUUCCAGCUGAUGAGACUAAAGGCUUUCACCGGGUUCCCUUUUUACCCACAAUCUAUAUUGAGCACACCGACUUUAAAGAGGAGCCAGAAAAGGGUUACAAACGUCUUGUGCCAGGCCAGCCAGUAGGUCUGAGACAUGCGGGUUAUGUUAUUGAUGUACAGAAUAUCAUCAAGAAUGCCAGUGGCCAGGUGACUGAGCUGGAAGUAACAUGCAGCAAGUCAGAUGCUUCUGAGAAGCCCAAAGCUUUUAUACACUGGGUGUCUGAGCCCUUGCAGUGCGAGGUCCGAAUCUAUGAGAGGCUAUUCCGACACAAAAACCCUGAGGAUCCUUCUGAAGUCCCUGGUGGAUUCUUAAGUGACUUGAACUUGGACUCUCUGAGUGUGAUUGAAGAUGCCUUGGUGGAUUGCUCGGUCAGUGGUGCAAAACCCUUUGAUAAGUUCCAGUUUGAACGCCUGGGCUACUUCUCUGUGGAUCCAGACAGUACGGAAAGAAAGCUUGUCUUUAACAGGACAGUCACUCUGAAGGAGGACCCUGGGAAAAUGUGAGUGUCUUGAGUCCAGGAUGAAGUCAGUAGUCUGGAGGGCAGGAGAAGACAAAUCUACCUUUGCCUUAUCAGGGCCAGACUUGGCCAUGCUCACCUGGUGUGCCACCUCUGGAUGACCAAUAAAGAGCAGCAUAGUUUUCCCUGGA